UGCAUUAGCUGUCUGUACGAGUGCGCUGGGGCGAUCAAGCAAUUGAGACUAUCUCAAUGCCAACUGGAUUUACCGCAUGCAGUGUACAGUCCUACUGUGCUAUCAUUUGAGGAGAGCCCAGGAGUGGAAAAGCUUCUGCCAAAUAUCCUCGGCGGUCGAAGGAGGACAGAUGCCAUCUGGUCUUCUGACUAUGUGCAAGCCAUGGUGACACUGUGCCACCCGACUAUUUCGCUGACUGGCUAUGCUGCUGCGCGUGCUCAGGGAGACCAACACCCAAGUCGUGGGUAUCCGAUACCUUGUGCUACAGGCGACCGAAUCCGGUCAACCGAAGAGCACCUGGUGAGCAAUGUGACUUGUACAUGUGGCCAUGAUUGUUGGUGUUGUGCAGCAUGGUUGGAUUUGAGUUCUGGUGGAAGACAGAGGAUUGGCCUUGGUUACUUCUGCAGGCGAUCAAGACGAUCCUUUCCCUGGGUGGCAUUUUCACAGUAUAUAUGUUUACUUUUCGACGACGCCAUGCAUGUCUCAUGUUUGUGUCUAUAGUAUAUUACCGGUGCAGUUUAGAACCUCUGCCUAGCGUUUGCGCAGAAAUAAGCAUGAUUUUGUCAGACCCCAAUUUCCUGAUGUGAGCAAGGU